AUGGCGACCGGAAUCGAGGCACUUGGAGCUGUAAGCGCUGUGUUUCAAGUCAUUUUGUUCUCUGCCGAAGCUAUCGCCCUAUGCAAGAAGAUCUACGAUGGCAAGCCGACUGCUAAUGACGACCUUGAGGGCCACGCUACUCAAUUGCAGACUGAAUUUCGUUUUGUAACGGACAUGCAGAGAAAGGGCAAUGUCAUCAGUGCACUCAAAUCUGCGCUCAGGGCAUCAAGCCAUCGGAAAAGGAUUGACCGUCUAGAACUAGCACUUUCUAGACAUAGACAUGUGAUGGAAACGGAGAUGCUGACUCUGAUAUGCUCUCAAGGUGAUGCACAGCGGAUACGGCAUGAAUCAUCUUUCCGCAAUCUGGGCAGUGAUGUCCAGACUCUUGUAGUGCAGAUCGCUCAAGGGUACAUCAAGCUGGAGGACUUGAUGCGCGUAGAGCAUCAGGAAACAAGAGACAUGGUGAUUCGACAAACAGCCGAUACCCAAAAAGCUAUCAAAGAUCACAUUACAACUGACGUACAACGUAAAGAAUUCCCUCAGAGUUUGAGGUCACCAGAGAUGAAGAAACGGUAUAAAGACCUCAUAGACUCGAGCGAAUCAACCUUUUCUCGCGUCUUCGCCUCUUAUGAUAGGGUGGCUACAGUUGAUGGUGACGGGACUAGUCUUUCGAGUUUAGAAAGCAGCGACUCCGAUGAGAGCGACGACAGCUCCACUGGCGAUCUCAGCUCGCUCCACUUCAGGGAUGAACACAUUGACGAGGCCUGGGCUAGCUUUGUCAAAUGGUUGCGGUCGGAAAGCUCAUUAUUUUGCAUUCAGGGCAAGCCCGGAUCUGGAAAAAGUACCCUGGUCAAAUUCAUUAUUGACAAUCCAAAUACCAAGGCUCUUCUCUGUUAG